UAAGGCCUGAAAACUUUCUGAAAGAUCAAGAGGCUAGCUCGAAGAUUUCAACUAGUUUACAUAAGCUAGCUAUACAGAUAUUGGAUAGUGAAAAGCUUCAGUGACCUUGAGGAGAUUUGGUCAUCCUAUUGUUUGCGUUAUAAUGCAAUGUAAGGUAUUUUCGUUAUACAUCGUCUUCUGAUGUUAUGCUUUUCGAAUAUUUCCAAAUUCCCGUAAUUUUUAUCAUAACAGCCCUUGGAUCACAUUGACUGCAGCAGAAAACAAUGAAGAAAUGAUAACGAAUGGAUCCAUUCUUCGAUGUCCACUUUGAGAAUUCGGCGCUAACUUAACGAUCUGCCUGCACAUUUUUCAAAAGAAAUUUGUUUAUGAUGACACUGUUGGAUGAAUGCCAAAAAAAGUUAACUGAUUUACAAAAACAAGUAGCUCAGACAAGCAAAAAUGUGAUAACACGUACGCAAAAAUGGCGACGUCUUUCAGCUGUACCGUCUACAGACUGUGAUGUUGUAUUAAUAUUUAAAAGAGGAAUUUCCGAAGACAUUGUUGACUGGUUAAUUAAGAUUACAAGAAAGCGUGUACCACAACUUGUUUUACAAAAACAAUUUCAUCGAACAUCAGGACAGUAUGCACUUUAUAUGACAGCGUCAUACAGAGGCUUACUAACUGGUGCUGAAGAAUUAAGAAUUAAAAAGCCUUUAUUAUCUGAACAUGGUGGUGGUUUACGUGAAUUCUCAGUUGAAGAAUUCGGUCUAUUCGACAAUGUAAUGGAUGAAAAACUUUUUCUGUCUACCAGUGAACGUAGUAAUAUUGUAAAUCAUUUUCUAAUGAGUUUACGUGCUUAUCGUGAAGAUUCUGAUAUUUGUUCAGUCAAAUUAGUGGAUGGACAAUGUAUGAUUCCAUCCCUUCAAUCUGCUGGUAUUAUCAAUCAAAUAUUCCCAUUACAUGAACCGAAUGCAUUAGAGAAAUUAACUCGUAUUUGGAUACGUGGUUGGAUUGUACAUCAACCGUUAGAUGAAAUUAAAGAAUAUUUUGGUGCAAAAGUUGCAAUCUAUUUUGCAUGGCUUGGUCAUUAUACCUAUUCAUUGAUAUUUCCUUCUGUUGUUGGACUUAUUGUAUGGUUAUUUGUCAGUCCGAAUAAAAAUUCUUCUUUCUAUUAUUUACUAAUGGGCGUAUUAAAUCUAAUCUGGACAUCAUUAUAUCUUGAGCAUUGGAAACGAACCAGUUCAUUUUUAGCCUAUCAUUGGAGUUCAUGGGAGACACCAAUUCCAUUGUUAGAAGAACCUAGACCAUUAUUUAAAGGUACACUAUCUCUGUGUCCAAUUACUGGAAGACCAGUUCGCAUUUAUCCUAAAUGGAAACGUUUGCUAAUUCUAUGCUUCAUCACUUGUCCUGUUGUUCUACUUUCACUUGUUGGUGUCAUUCUUAUCACAUUAGUCUAUGUUCACUUACAAGAAAAGAUGAAUAUCGCUGCUGACAAUAAUACGUAUACUAUUUUACCAAGUUUUGUAUUGGUAACUUUACCUAAGGUAUUUCUGGCUGUUUCAAUUGCCAUAAUGGAUGUCAAUUAUAGAAAAAUAGCUAUUUGGUUAACAAAUUUAGAAAAUCAUCGUUUAGAAGAUGAUUACAAUAAUUAUUAUGUCAUCAAAUUGAUUUUGCUUCAAUUUGUCAAUUCCUUCUACUCACUAUUUUACACAGCGUUUUAUCUGAAAGAUUUGGAUUUGUUAAGAAAACAACUGGUAACAGUAUUACUGAUUCGACAAAUGUUUGAUACAAUUAAAGAAGUUUUUUUACCACUUGGUCAAUCACGUCUACAUCAAGUAUGGUUGUCAUUAAGAUAUGAACAGAAACGUUUCUUUGAUAAAAAUAAAGUUGAAUCUAAAGAAAAUGAUUCAAUGUCAACAUCUACAUCAUCAUUAACGCAGACAUCAGCAUCAUGUAGUAAAAUAAAUACAGAUGACGAUCAAUUUCCAAUGUUACCUAAAGAUAAUGUUCAAAAUGAAUAUAACGCUAAAGAUGAUAUUGAUCCAGAAAUUCUUAUACACCAGAGAAAUUUAUCAUCAGAUAAAGAGCAAAAGAUAAUGACUAGUUCGAAAUCAUUUGAUAAUUCAGAUGAAGCCAGAAUCGCAGCAGCGGAAAGAGAAGCUACUCUCCUACGAUAUGAAGAUCCAACAGAUGAUUUUCUUGAGAUGUUUAUCCAGUUUGGCUAUGUGAGUAUGUUUGCUGGUAUAUUCCCAUUAGCCGGUUUAUUGGCAUUCAUUAACAAUCUAAUUGAAAUACGAGGUGAUGCCUACAAAUUGUCAACUAGUUAUCAACGUCCAUUUGCCAAGUUUGCAAGUAAUAUCGGUGUUUGGCAAUUAGCAUUAGAUGUGUUUAGCUAUAUAGCUGUAAUUGUGAAUAUAGCUUUACUUGGAAUAUCUGGAGCUGCACAACGUCUUUUUCCGAAUUUGUCUACUCCACAGUUGAUAAUUUUGCUGGUUCUCAUCGAACAUGUAAUAAUUAUUGCACGUGCUACAAUUAGUGCCCUCAUUCCACAUACACCUGCUUCUGUUGUACAUCAGAUAGCUAAAUUGGAACACAGAAGACGAGAAGCUCUGAAAAUACUUGAGCGUGAAACAAUGCGGGAACAUCAACGUCAGCAGUCACCAUCAAUUGUACCAGGAGUUGGCGUAUAAACUGCUACUUAUUUAAAACUUUCAACAUGCAAACAUUUUUUUAAGCUGACAAACUUUCAAUUUGAAAUAUUAUCAUUUGACUGAAACAAUAUAUAUUUCGAUUUCUAUGUUUUAUUUAUUGUCACAUUAAAUUUCGAAAACGCAAGCAUAUUUAUAAGCAUGGAGGGAACGGCUUGCAUGUUUUGGCUUUUAUUUUCUUUUAGAACUGUUUUCAGUUUUAUUUACUGCUUUUCAUGUUUGAUUUAUGCAGUUGAAUAAUAUUUCACUCUAUUCUAACAAAAAGAUUGAUAAGAAAAUGAACUCACUUUUUCUUUUAUAAAUUUUUAUUGGGUUGCGCAAUUUUAAUUCAUCUAUAUGUGUAGUCCAUCUAUUCGAACCGCACUUCACCUACAAACAAGGUGUAUCACUACGCUACACAUAAUAGAUAUGGCUUAUUGGCUAUUAAGUUGCCAUUACUUUUUCAAGAGGAUAAUGUCUGCAUUCAAAAUUCCUUCGAGAGAGUCCAGUAGUAUUGUUGAGAAAUGCUAAUAUUUAGUAUAGCCUCUCUCACUGGGUAAAUAUUGCAAUACUCGUGAUUGACUAAAAUGUACUACACAAUUAUACAUGUCUUUCUCAAUACUUUUGUUACAUCACAUGAUUCAUACUUCUUCAUGUGUUUACUUUUAUUUUACACAUUUUCAUUUGAUACUAGAUGAUGAUUGCAAAUGGAAUGAAAAUUUGGAGUGGGGACGGAUUCCAACCGGUAACAAUCGGGUUUCUGGCCCGAUGCUCUACCAACUGAGCUACGAGGUUCGACUGUUCACCACGAUUUUUUAUUUCACUUCAGUCACCAUGGGUUUUGCCUGACUACCAUGUUAAUUUAUGAUGCAUUACUACCGCUUGAUCGUAUUAACACUGGCUGCCUACCAGUCAGUACUUCUCAUCCCAAUCCAAAUUUAACUGAAUUAGAGAUGGGGAGCAUCAUAUUGAUUAUCAUUUUGACUAUGUGAGAUAGCCGUGGUUUGGUAGAUUAGUAUUUAUACUGGGUAAUGAUUGACGGUGAAAUGAAAAUUUGGACCGCGGCCGGAUUCAAACCAGUGACCACAAGCCAUCUAUCAGUCUUUUAUGUUUUAUCAUUGCAUGUAUUUUAUUUCCUUCCCUUCGACUAAUUCCAGUUUCUUUUCGCAAUAAAUUUGUCACUAUUUCCUAUUUCGUCUGUUGAUUUUCCCACUUUGUACUCAUAUAGAGAUGGACCCGAUAUGCUACAUUGUCACAUAUUAAGCUGUCC